CUAAACAGAAAAGGCCCAGAAGCCCAAGUCUGAAGAGCCAAUGCUCGCCCCCGGCGACUUCUGUCUGGUUAAAGCACAGAACACUAGUACACAAAUCAAUGGAGCUUCCACUAAUAAAAUCGACUCUCUUACUCUUUCUGAUUCUUGUUUACAAAAGUGCCCCUACUCCGGUUGUGCUUGGAUCGGCUAUAAAACAGCAACCAGAAGAAGAGUUCCACGAGGAACUAUUGUUAAGGCCGUUACCUGAUCGAAAAGUUUUGGCGCAUUUUCACUUUGAAAGCACAGCUCCUCCUCCGAAUUCAAAUGGGCGUCACCAUCAUCUCUUCCCUAAACCCAUUUCUCAGCUGCUACAAAAGUUUCAUAUUAAGGAAAUGGAAUUAUCAUUCACACAAGGUCGUUGGAACUACGAAAGCUGGGGAGGAUUUGACCCCAUAUCGAGCACUAAUGCUAAGCCUCCUGGAGUUGAAUUGUGGGCUGUCUUUGAUGUCCCCCACGACCAAGUUGAUGCUUCUUGGAAGAGUUUAACACAUACUCUUUCAGGUCUUUUCUGUGCUUCAAUUAACUUUCUUGAGUCCUCUUCAUUGUAUGCAGCUCCUGAAUGGAGCUUCCGACCAGCUACAGGGAAUAUAAGGUACGGUAUGUUGCCUCGUGAAGCUGUUUGCACUGAGAACCUAACUCCAUGGUUAAAGCUUCUUCCUUGUCGAGACAAAGCUGGGAUUUCUGCAUUAAUGGAUAGACCAUCACUUUACAGAGGUUUUUAUCAUUCUCAGAGGUUGCAUUUGACCUCUAACAAAUCUGGUCCAGAGGGGAAAAAUUCAGGUAUCAUUCUAGAACAAUCACUCACUAUUGUUCUUCAGCCUUAUAGUUAUUCUAGUGCAAAGAAUUUUCAACCAAGCUGGUCUUUGAGUUCAAUACUCGGAAGGAAAAUCACUGGAAGUUGUGAUCUUGCAAAAUCUAGCAAUGUAUACCUUCAAUUUGAGAGUAACCUAGUAACGGAACUAAAGAAAAUCGAGAAUAAUGGAGUUGUCGACAUAGCUUCUGGAGGGAUUUGGGGGCCUGGCUUUGAAUUGUCAGUUAAGCCAGACAUGGUGUUUGAAGAAGAGAAUAGCAGGCACAGAAAGGGCUCUUCUGUCUUUUAUAAGUUUUCAGUUGAUAAAUACAGUGAUUCUCAGCCUUUUGAUCUAGGCCUUACAUGGAAAUAUCCUGUAACUUGGUCAUGUGAACAAGCACCACUACAUGCUAGCAGGUUCUUGAUGGGAAGUGGGAAUGAAAGGGGUGCAAUUGCUAUCUUAUUGAAAUCUACAGAUAUAAGUGAUGCUUCCUUGGGCACUUCUUGUGCUACUGGUGGAAAUAAGUUGCGAGUUGAUGUUUUCCAAGUUGUGCCUUGGUAUGUUAAGGUAUAUUAUCAUACUCUUCAGCUGUUUGUGAAUGACCAACCUAAGGCAGUUGGAGAUUUUAUAGUGAAGAUUCAUGUUUCGCCAUCCAAAGACAAGAUAUCACCUGGAGUGAUGGAGAUGGUCUUGCAACUUCCUUGUGAUGUGAAAUCGGCCACUUUAACAUUAGAGUUUGAUAAGGGUUUCCUACACAUUGAUGAAUAUCCUCCAGAUGCUAAUCAAGGAUUUGAUAUUCCAUCAGCUGCAAUAAGCUUUCCCAACUUUUACACCAGCAAGAUUUUUCCUAGCAAUUGUUCUGUGGAAAAGUCACCCAUGUUGUCUAAAUUUCAGGAAAAGAAUCCUGUUCUUGCUUACACAGAAGUGUUACUUGUACCUUUGACAACUCCUGAUUUUAGCAUGCCAUAUAAUGUAAUCACAAUCACAUGCACGGUAUUUGCGUUGUACUUUGGAUCAUUGCUAAAUGUUCUUCGAAGGCGUGUUGCUGAGGAGGAAAGGCUUCUUAAGAAAAAAGCUGACGAGAAAACCAGCUGGCUUUCCAAAUUGUCUGCUAAGCUAAGAGGAAAACCGCAGGACAAUCCCGAGUCACAGCAGGAAACUUCCGAGUUGAGGCGAGAAGCUCUGGAGUCACCAUCAAAGUCAUCAUCCCUUAUUAAUUCUAAAUUAUUGUUGAAAAUUAUGCUAGUGGCUGGUUUUGCUGUUGCUUGGCAAUACUAUUUUGGAUAACAUCAUUAGUUACUGGAUUCAGAACUUUGGAGUGUACAAUAUAUGAGAGAAGAGAGAGCAUACUUUUUAGAUAUCAGUAAAAGAAUUGUUUCUACCAUUAUACAUGGAACUUUCUUCUGUAA